AUGGCUUGUGUCCAAAGCAUCUGUGAACGUUUGGAUGAGCACAUCAAGGCUCAUUGCGAUGAAGUUCUUUCCUUGCUGACAAGGAUUGAAAGUAAGGGAAAAGUAAUUCUUCAACGAAGCCAGAUUAUUGCUGAGUUUGAAGCAUUGUUUGAUGAAGUCACCGGGGAGGAAUUAGCUGGUGGUGCAUUUGCUGAAGUUAUUAGAGCCACACAGGAAGCCAUUGUUUUGUCUCCAUGGAUUGCUCUUGCUGUGCGCUCGCAACCUGGUGUCUGGGACUACGUUAGAGUGAAUGCCCACACACUUGUUGUUGAGGAGUUGCCUGUUGCUGAGUAUCUUCUCUUCAAGGAGGAACUUGUUGAUGGAGGCUGCAAUGGAGAUUUUGUGUUUGAAUUGGACUUCGAACCAUUCAAUGCAUCUUUCCCUCGCCCAACUCUUCAAAAGUACAUUGGCAAUGGCAUGGACUUCCUCAACCGCCAACUUUCGGCCAAGUUGUUCAAUGACAAGGAAAGCCUACAGCUUCUGUUCGAUUUUCUGGAAGUGCAUUGUCACAAGGAGAAGAAUAUGAUGCUGAAUUCCAGAAUCCAGAACCUAGACUCUCUGCAACAUGUUCUGAGAAAGGCUGCAGAAUAUCUGUCUGCAUUAAAUCCUGAGACUCCAUAUUCUCAAUUUGAACACAAGUUCCAGGAGAUUGAGCCUUGCGCUCUCGAAACAUUCCUUGGUAGAUUUCCUAUGGUCUUCAAUGUUGUGAUUAUGUCUCCUCACGGAUACUUUGCCCAAGACAAUGUUUUGGGAUAUCCUGACACUGGAGGCCAGGUUGUUUACAUCUUGGAUCAAGUUCGUGCCUUAGAGACAGAAAUGCUUCAGCGCAUCAAGAGCAAGGCCUUGAUAUCACUCCCCGAAUUCUCAUUGUCAAUUACUCGACUUCUCCCUGAUGCUGCCGGAACCACUUGCGGCCAACGUCUUGAGAGAGUAUACGGAUCAGAGCAUUGCGAUAUUCUUCGAGUUCCGUUCAGAGACGAAAAGGGGAUGGUCCGCAAAUGGAUCUCUCGCUUUGAAGUUUGGCCAUACCUAGAGACUUACAGUGAGGAUGUUGCUGCUGAAAUUGCCAAGGAAAUGCAGGGCAAGCCUGAUCUGAUUGUUGGGAACUACAGUGAUGGCAACAUUGUUGCUUCCUUGUUAGCACACAAAUUGGGUGUUACCCAAUGUACCAUUGCACAUGCUCUAGAGAAAACGAAGUAUCCAGAAUCAGAGCUUUACUGGAAGAAGUUUGAUGAGAAGUACCACUUUUCCUGCCAAUUUACAGCUGAUCUCAUAGCCAUGAACCAGACAAAUUUCAUCAUCACUAGCACAUUCCAAGAGAUUGCUGGAAGCAAGGACACCGUUGGACAAUAUGAGAGCCACACUGCUUUCACUCUUCCUGGCCUUUACAGAGUUGUUAACGGUAUUGAUGUCUUCGAUCCCAAGUUCAACAUUGUCUCCCCUGGUGCUGAUGAGAACAUAUACUUCCCCUACACUGAGAUGAACCGUGUCAGGAACGGAGAGCUCUACCGUUACGUUUGCGACACCAAGGGGGCUUUUGUCCAGCCUGCUGUUUAUGAGGCUUUUGGAUUGACUGUUGUUGAGGCCAUGUCUUGUGGUUUGCCAACCUUUGCUACUUUUAAUGGUGGUCCUGCUGAAAUAAUUGUUCAUGGUAAAUAUGGAUUCCAAAUCGAUCCUUACAAUGGCGAGCAGGCUACAGAACUCCUUGUUAACUUCUUUGAGAAGUGUAAGGUUGACCCUACCUACUGGAACAAAAUCUCCCAAGGAGGCCUACAACGUAUCCAAGAGAAGUAUACCUGGCAAAUCUACUCUCAAAAACUGCUGACCCUCACAGGAGUUUAUGGCUUCUGGAAGCAUCUUUCCAACCUUGAUCGCCGUGAGAGCCGUCGCUAUCGUGAAAUGUUCUAUGCACUCCAAUAUCGUAAAGCUGCUGCGUCUGUUCCUUUGACUAUUGAAGAAGAGAUCAGCAGCUUUCGUGAAGAGGACUAUCUUCCACAUAAGCAUCAGACUGGGGAGAUCUUGCAAAAUGUAACAUGGUCGAAGCAAACUAAUCGAUACGCAUCUGCAGAACAUGGAUAUACUGCAGAAAUAGAAAAGCCAAACUUUCCUGACAAAAAUCUAGGAGACAGAAUACUUCUAACACUUAAUCAACCUAAAGGACCCUGA